AUGUGCAUCGUCUUUGUUACUACGGCGCACCCCAAAUAUCCAGUCAUAGUCAUCGACAACCGCGAUGAAUUUAUUCUGCGCCCAACAUCCAGGCCCCACUGGUACAAGCAUCCAGUGACUGGGGAGGAGGUUUUGUCGUCGCGAGACCUCCAUCGCCCGGAGAUGGGCACGUGGAUGGGCAUCACCAAAUCGGGUCUGCUGGCGGUACUGACAAACUACCGCGAGCCGUUCAAUGAUGCGGAACACCCUAUUGAGGGGAGGAAAAGCAGAGGUGCGAUGCCGACAGCUUGGCUGGGCGAGCCACCCGAGCUGAGUAUGGUGAAGAGCGUCGAGGACUUCGUCAGUGACGGGGGUGUCAAGGGCGUGGGAGGCUUCUCGAUGGUGUGCGCGAAGCUGAAGAAGAAGAGCGAGGGAUUUGCAGUCAUCAGCAACCGAGCGGCGGACAUCAAAGAUGUGCCACUCGUCAAGCCAGACCACAUCAAAGGGUGGGGGCUGACGAAUACAGUAUUUGAUCGGUCAGAGACUUGGCCAAAAGUCGGGACCGGGGUGAAGGGAUUUGAGAAGGUCAUCCAGGCGCACGCAGCCAACGAGGAGGCCAGUGAGCAGGAAUUGGUAGACGAGUUGUUUAAGCAUCUCGACACCGACACACUCCAUGGUCAUUGCGAUCGCACGCUGGAGGAGAAUAUCGAUGAGUUGAAGAACAGUAUCUUUAUCCCAGCGAUUGGAGAUGAGAGGCAUCGUGUCGAAACGAAGGAGGCGCAAGCCAAGGGUCGGCAAGGGUGGCCAACUGAGGAAGAACUCCAGAAGGAUAUCGCUAUCAAUGGGGAUGCGGCAUUCCACCAGGGGUUCGACAUGGGAAUGUAUGGAACACAACGGCAGACGAUCGUUCUGGUAGACCACGACGGCAACGUGACGUACAUCGAGAGGGCGCUGUACGAUGCCACGGGACAUGAAAUUCCGAGAGGAGAGGGAGAUCUAACGUUCAAGUUCAAGAUCAACGGCUGGGAAGAGUAG